GUAGUGGUGACAGUUAACGUGACGGGGAUGUUGUGCCUUGUGUACAUGUACAUUAAUAGUGUAGUAGGGAGUAGGGAGAGGUUGGACACGGUUAGUGGUUGCAGUGUGUCAAUGGAAACCUGUUUUACACAUAUAUGUAACAGGUCUACGUGGUAAACAGUAUACAUUCCUAGGCUCAGGGACACAAACCACAGACGUACAUACGGAGCUUGUGCCUGAAGUUGAUAUUGUUAGUCCUUUGCCACUGUACGCACCAUGAGCUGCAUUAGCGAAGACAAACUUAAGGAGAUAUUCCUUAAGGCGGAUACCAGUAGAGAUGGAAAGAUUAACCCUACAGAACUCAGGGAUCUGGUCAGAAAGGAGUUGUUGAAGGCCGAUAUGUCCGACCGAGAUGUGGCGGAUAUGUUCUGCGAUCUGGACAGUAACCACGACCAGGAAAUAACCUGGGAGGAAUUUAAAACAGAAAUGAUGAAGGCGCCCAGAAGAAAAGCUUUCUCGGACAUGUUUAGGGAACUGGACAAGGACGGCAGUAACACGCUUACCACAGAAGAAUGUAGACAGUUGUUGAAGAGAGGCGGAUGCAGUGAGGAACAAGUUGUCGCCAUGUUCUCCAAAGUAGAUACUAACCAAGAUGGUAUUAUAUCCUUCGAGGAAUUCAUGGCCAUGGUGUGACAUCGCUAAACAAUCACAUUCGGGUGAACAAUGUACAUAUUCUGUUAAAUCAUAUCAGUGCGGUAUAUGAUUGUGGUAUUUCAAUUCAGCUCAUAUCAACAAACCAGAUAUAGUGUAGCAGACCUUAUAUUACUGCAAUAUCCCAAACAGCAAAUUUCAUAUGAUAGCAAUAACAAAAACAGCCAACUUAUUAUUAGAAUAAUAUCCAACACAGCCAUCUUGUUAUUAGAACAAUGUCCAAACCAGCCAACUUGAUAUUAGAGCAAUAAUCAAAACAUCCAACUUGAUAUUAGACCAAUAUCAUAAACAAGUAUUAGUUAUUGGUUGAAGUGUUAUAACAAUUUGGUAAGCGUUAUCUCGAAUUGCCACUUUUGUUUCGAUCUUCGUCAUUUUUCCACGAUCUAUUUUACGGAAUUCGUUACAUAUCACGCCUUAACUAAUAUAAAAGUAUACCGGGGUAUACAUGUAUAUUCUAAUAUUUUCAUUUAACAUUUUUAUCAUAAUACAUUAUUAUGUAAUAAAUCAAAUUGCUGAUAUAACUAAAUGCAUCCAUAGUAUGUUUACCGAUAUGCUAUAUAGAAUAUAUUUAUCUCCAAGGUAAAUGGUGUUAAAUUUAUGAAUCUCAUUUAUCACAAUUUCUUGGUCAUUCGAUAGAGUUUUUUCAACAUAAAACAUCAGAAAUGAAGUUAUGAAAUAUGUGAAAGUAAACAGCGUUCAUUUAAUUAAGAAUUAAGAAAUGAGUAUCUUCUUCUUUCCUAUGAAAAUAUCGACCGUUCGACACACGUAGUUUUUCAUUGAUUGAAUUGGUAUUCAUAAGCCAUUGAUGUCGAACAUUCGGACAAAAAGAAUGUAAUUCACAAAAGUUAAAGAACGUACACUAUGUUUCUAGUACAUACUUAUAUGUCCAAUUUUCAUAUAAUUGAAGUAGACAAACGUAACAUUAAAACGCAAUGCUAUUCGAUAUAAUCAUUGUUGGUUCGUCUCACUUCAUUGUGGUGUGCACAUCAUGCAUCACAAAGUUAAAGUCUACGCCAGAUCAUCAUUUUUUGUCAACGACCUGUUUGGAGAAAUUAAAGACAUCAAAAUAUCCGA